UGUGGACAUUUUCUCCUCAAAAUACCCAAUGAAUAAUACCUCAAAUUUUUGACCUUGAAAAUUUUCUAGUUUCCCCAAGUUUCGGCUUUCUUUAAACCUCCACCUCUACUGUCCCCAAAAAACAAGGAUCUUCUUUCUCUUUUCUACUUGCAUAUCUCUCAUUUUCUGUCUCUUGCCCCUACCUAUGCCCUUUUCCCUCUUCCUUUUGCAAUUCUAAAUCCCCAUCUCUCUUAGUGGCAAAAUGGCAAAUUCCUCAUCUGGAAUGGCAGUGAAUGAUGAAUGUAAGCUGAAGUUCCUGGAACUAAAAGCAAAGAGGAGCUACCGGUUCAUUGUGUUCAAAAUAGAAGAUCAGCAAGUGACAGUUGAGAAACUGGGACAACCCACUGAAAGCUACGAUGAUUUCACUGCCAAUUUGCCUGUUAAUGAGUGUCGCUAUGCUGUCUAUGACCUUGAUUUCAUUACUGACGAGAACGUUCAAAAGAGCAAGAUCUUCUUCAUUGCAUGGUCCCCUGAUACAUCAAUUAUAAGGAGUAAAAUGUUGUAUGCAAGUUCAAAGGACAGAUUCAGGAGAGAAUUGGACGGGGUUCAAGUUGAGUUACAGGCUACUGAUCCCAGCGAGAUGAGCUUUGACAUCAUCAAGUCAAGAGCCCUCUAAGCGAUUCA